AUUUAAUAUUUCUAGUGUUUUGUUUGAGAGAUCGUUGAAUGCAUUUGGGGUUGAAAGUGGGUUAAUGUUAAUAUCCUGCAAAAAACAUUCAGCAAGGUUUCUUACCUAGGAUUUAUUAUCAAUUAUGGAUAUCUCAGAAGAAUCAAUUAUACUUUAUCUCAAUAGAAAAGUGGGUUUUUGAUAUUAGUCACUACCAGGUAACAGAAUAUUCGGAAUUCUAAUUUUUGUGAUUUCUUGAUGUCUGAUUAGUGAACAGGGACAGGACUGCUUUAUAAAGGAAUGAUGAAUUGUGAUUUUUGGACGUUUUAUUUCCCUCAUUUAGUAUUUGGUUUUAUUUGAUUCAAUGGAUCAUGAGAAUUUCACAUCCUGAACACAGUGAUGUUGAAAUUAUGUGGUAGCUUGAGAUGGGGGACUAUGAAUUGUACCAAGCGAUCAAAUCGUUUACACCGUCUGUGGAAGAUGAGCUGGAAUUUCAAAAAGGAGAUGUAUUCGAGAUAUCCAUUCAGAGUCUUUUUGAAAGAAACCAGUCUGAUAGGCCAGGCUGGUUGUUUGCUUAUAGUCGUAGAACCAGGGGUGUAGGAUACAUACCAGUGGAAUAUGUUAAGUUACUGGGAUCAGAGGUAGGAAAAACCAUUCACCAUCCAUCAGCAUGUGGUGUGGAAGUGUCAGAAAUCAAAUUGGAAAUGGAGAGCAAACCAGAGCACAAGCUAGAGAAUGCCUUCUUCCUAACACCAAUCCUUUGCAAACACUGCAAAGACUACAUUUGGGGCCAGGGUCAUGUUGGAAUGAAAUGCAAAGAUUGUCACGCUUGCUUCCACAACUAUUGCCUUAGAUUCUUCCCGGAUUACCUGUGCCAGAAGGACAACGACGUGCUACCACCGGUUACUCUCGACUACGACAAACCAAUUUCAGAGUGGACUUCGUCUAACGUUAUAGAAUGGAUGGCGGCCCUAAACCUGUACACUUACUCGGAUGUAUUCAGAUGCAAGGACAUCAAGGGUGCUGAUCUGAUCAAUUUGGACAGAGAUAAAUUGAUUGGCAUGGGCAUCAAGGACGAGUUCCACCAGAAGGCCAUCCUCACCUGCCUCGACGAGCUGCUCAGGAAGCCCGACGAGCGGCCGCCGGCGGGCGGCGAGCAGGACGCCGGCGGUCCGCCCGCCGGCCCGACCUACGCGCACAACCUGGCGCAGCACAGCUUCGGCGCGCUGGAGCGGUGCGACAAGUGCAACAAGUACCUCCGCGGGCUGCUGCACCAGGGUCUGGUGUGCCAGGACUGCGGCCUGGUGGCCCAUCGGACGUGCUCGGCCGGUGGGCUGCCGUCUUGCACGCACCGCCCGAUGGACGACAGGUCCCACUUCAUCAACUUCAAGUCGUUCUUCGGCCAGGGACUGUGCUGUCAGUUCCAGCUGGCCGACGCGCCUGCGCCCGAGUUGCUGAUCAACUGCGCCACGGAGCUGGAGAGGCGCGCCGAGGCGAACGAGGCGCUCGAGUUGUACAACCUCUACAGCGCCACGCCGCCCACCGACAGGCUGCAGAUGCUGGUGAAAAGGGUGGAAGAGAAUCCCACAGGGGUGGACCUGUCCGAGGUCAGCCCCGUGUGCAUCGCCGGCGUGUUCAAGAAGUACCUGCGCGAGCUGCCGGACCCGCUCAUCCCGGUGCAGUGGUACGACAAGUUCCUGGAGGCGUCGAAGAAGCGCAACGACGAGGAGUGCACGUCCAUCCUGCGGCAGCUGGUCGAGGAGCUGCCGGACCAUCACAGAUCGACGCUGCGCUUCAUCAUGGGCCACUUGUGCAGAAUCUGCCAGGCAGAGCACGCCAGAGGGAACAAGAGUCCGCCCACCGUACUAAUACAGGUCAUGUGCCAUAUAUUCCUGAGGCCUCCGUGGGAACGUAUCAUACAAGUGGUCUACAACACGCAAGCUCACAACCGCAUUGUGGAGCUCUUGCUGCUCUACUGUGACUGGGGAGAAAAACUGCCCGAAUUCGCUUCCGCCCCCGCUAUUCCGCCCAGAAAAGUCUCCAGAAUGGGCAGCAACGUCUACCACACGAUGGUAGAGCGAGAAAAGGAGAAGAGCAAUGCCAUGACCACCCUUCAAGACGCCGAAUGGUACUGGGGGGACAUCAAACGGGAGGAAGUCAACGACGUACUGAAUGACACAGUGGAUGGUACCUUCUUAGUUCGCGAUGCUUCCAGCAAGUGCGGGGAAUACACGCUUACACUACGCAAAGGCGGCGCUAAUAAACUGAUCAAGAUCUGUCAUCGGAACGGCAUGUACGGAUUCACGGAGCCCUACACCUUCCACUCGGUAGUGGAGCUCAUCAACCACUUUAGACACGACUCUUUGUCGCAGUACAACGCCUCGUUGGACAUCAGGCUGCUGUACCCAGUGUCCAAGAACAAUCAGGAAGAGGAGCUAGCCAAGACUGAAAAUAUCGAAAAGCUAGUAGAAAAGAUGGUGACCGUCAACAAGAACUUAGCGGAGAAGAACAAGGUCUCGGAGACAGUUUCCAAAGAUUUCAACGAGACGUCCACGGAAGUGCAAACGAAAAGACAAGCCCUCGACGCUCUCAAGGAGCUCGUGCAAGUGUUCAAAGAGCAAACGACCAUCCAGGAGAAGUUCCAGAACGAGGCGCAGCCGCACGAAAUCAAGAGUCUCGAAAUGAACUCGGAGUUGCUGAAGAAGCGGCUCGACCUGAUGUCCGAGAGCUGCGAGCAGCUGGAGGAGAUCCUCAAGCAGAAGGAGGCCUACAAGAAGGUGUUGGAGAGGGAGCUGACCACGCUGAAGCCGGACAUCCACGGACUGGCGAAGGAGCGGGACAAGCACGUCCGGUGGCUGCAGCAACGGGGAUUCUCGCUGGCGAAGAUCAACCAGAUUUUGAACAGGAACAUCGAAGAGCCGUCUGAAGAGGGCGAGGUCGACACCGAUACUCUGCCCCACAACGACGAGCACUCUUGGCUGAUGCUCAACUGCUCUCGCACCGACGCCGAGAGGCUUUUGGAAAGCAAACCGAACGGGACAUUUUUAGUGAGAAAAUCGAGGCAGAUGAACAAGUACGCGCUCUCGGUGGUGUGCAACGACAGCACGAACCAUUGCAUCAUCAACGAGACCGGCAAAGGGCUGGGAUUCACCGAGCCGUACAACAUUUACCCGACGCUGAAGGAUCUGGUGUUGCAUUACGCGACGAACUCGCUGGAGAUCCACAAUGAUCUUCUGAAUACGGUGCUGGCGUAUCCGAUAUUGGCGAGCAACGGGAGCCACAACAGGGAGAACAGCCUUUAUGGUUCUCAGUGAGAGGAGUCCAGGGGCGGAGCGGGGGGAGUUUCGGAAGGGCGAGUCGGGGUCGGGUCGGGUGUCUGACGCAGGGAGUCCGUUUGGUACCGCUUCUCUCUGUGAGCUGGAUAUUCUUGAGAGUUAUUUGUUUUGCUUCAUUGAUAGUUUGAUGACUGUAUUAUGGUGAGAAUUGAAAUUCUCUCUUUGAAACUGGGCGCCAUGUUGGCAGACAUUUUCGCCGAACCGAAAGUGAAAUGAUUUCGCAUCUACAACUCAGUGGAAUUCCUAUCUUUUUAUUUUUGCAAAAUAUUUGACUAGUUGAUGGAUUAUACAUUUGGGAGUUUGGCAUUUUGAAACUAGUUUCCUAUGAAUAUUGAAAUCUAUUCUAUUAGUAUACAGUGUGUCCCAAAUUCGAUCCUCACCAUCGGGAUCUGGGUAAUUACGAGAUUCAAAAUUCAUUAAGAAAUCUAGAUUAGCUUGAGUAAUUUGUAAUCUUGAAAAUUAUUGAUUGUAUGAUAAAAUGAGUUCAACAUUCUAAUAGUACCUUUUAAUGAUCUUUCAAAUGGACUUUCCAGUUUUUGUUGAAAAUAUCAAUUUUCUGAAAUAUGACCACUUAUUUUUUCCUGUUCUUUUUUUUGAACCGACAAAACCAUUCCAAAGUUCACUAAAAAGUACCAUCAUAAUUUUGAAGUCGUCUUUCCAUACAAUCAAUUGUUUUUGAGAAAUACGAAACUACAAAAUAUCAGUUUUUCUUGAAUAACUCAGAAAUAACUGAAGCUAGUCAAGUUUUCUCGACGGAUUUUGAAUCACGAUUGAAUUUGCUGAAACUUUCGUAAUUUAACCGACUCGAAUUUGGGACACAUGUAGAACUAUUUCAGGACUGUUUCAGGACAAAUCAUCUGAGGUAAAGAUUUGUACAUAACUGAUCAAUCAAAUAGAGCACUUUCGGCUAUUAAGCCAUCAUCAAUGCAUUGAUGAAAUAAACCUCUGGUGUACGCACUUCAAUCCUUUCCUGUUUUACAAUUCCUUGAUUUUCGCCUACUUCGAUGAACAUAACAUGGCGUGGGUGAAUGUCGCUAAAUUUAGUCUGGUGCCGUACCAAAAUUACAGGCAUCAAUGUGACAAUUGUGACCAAUGAAGAUAGGGAAUACAUUUUGCGAUUUAGCCGCAUCAAGGUUGGUAGAACUGAUGUUGAUCAUAAGUUCUAAGAAUCACGCCAUCUAACAUUCGAUAUGUGAACCCCACGUCAUCGUCUGAAAUUCAAUUGUUUAUAUCAAGAACCAGUCUGACGAAACAAAUGAAGAGUGAGCGCACCAGAGGUUCAU